AUGAAUGAGAUUGAAGAAAUUUUACCACGUCAGGCGAUCGGACAGCACAAUCAGUUUAGCCCUUUUGAGUUUGUCAUCGACAAACGACCCCAUCAGUUUCUCGAUCUAAAUAAUCUGUUUAUCGAAACGACAUUUAAAUUAACCGACAACGAAGGGGCUAAAUUAGAAAAUACAACCGAUAAUAAAAAAACCGAAGAACUGACUUUGAUCAAUUAUCCCAACGGAUCAAUUUGGAAAAAUAUCGAUUUGUUUCUAAAUGGUACACAAGUAAGCGACCCUCAACCCAACUAUGCCUAUCGAGCUUAUCUCGAUACUUUAGUACAUGCCACCAAAGAUCAACAGGUGGGAGAAUAUACCGCUGGAGGGUGGUUUAAAGAUAGAGCGGGGUUAAGCGGAAGUAAACGCAACAUCGAACAAAAUAAAUUUCCUACCACUGUAGCUCAUACCACCAACGGAAACAAUUGGGCUGCAGUGGUUCGAAACCAAGUUUACGUAAAACCGAGCGACAACGAAGUGCGUACUUGGGGAAAACUUCACAUGGAUUUGUUUAAUCAAGACCGGUAUCUGGUACCCAACGUAGAGGUCAGACUAUUGUUGACGCGUCAACCGGAUAACUUUAUUUUGAUGUCAGGAGCCUCCGCGCCCGAGUAUAUGUUGACGCUGACCAAGGUCAAGCUGUAUUGUAAAUUUUUAACACCUUCGGCAAGACUGUUGGAUGCAACAGAAAGACAGAUGGGAAUCUACGGUAGCAGGUACCCGAUUGAAAGGGUCAUGGUCAACAGUUAUUUUGUGCCCAAAGAGGCACUCGACCAUCAAAUCAAAAACAUCGCCGUAGGACCCAUGCCCAAACUGCUCAUAGUGGGGUUGGUAGAACAAGGUACCUUUGCAGGCGACAUGGCCACCACCCCCUAUGAUUUUAAACCGAUGAAACUACAAGAACUAGACCUGCUACACGACAACGUCAGGAUUCCAUUUCAUGCCUAUGAACUAGACAACGAAGAUGGUGCGGCAGCAGCCAACUGCAGACCCUACCUGGAAAGCAUGCUGGCCAUUCAAUCUCGGUGGGAUCACAUUCCCCAAAUUUCUCUGUCAGAAUGGCACGAUGGAUACAGACUGUAUGCCUUCGACAUGACAAAAACGGGGCAUCCUUCGGGUGCAGCAGAUACUUUGCAGGGAGGAAAUUUGGAUUUAAACCUCCGGUUUUCAACAGCAAGAACCAAAAACACCCAAGUCGUCAUCUAUCAAGUAUACGACAGCAACAUCGUCAUCACCCAAGCCAGAGACGUUUGCGUCGACUUUGGUCUAUAA